AUCUGACACAGCAAAUACAUUUAUGUUUUAAAAAAGGUUUUACAGACACUAGGGAUCGAUUCUUUGUAUAAACAAAUGCUAUUGAUUACCUGUGAUAAUUAUGACUAAACGUAUAAUGGAGUAAAAGCAGGCACAAUGCACCAAGCAUCUUAAAAACGAUAGUAAAAACAUUAUUCACUGAUUAAAUUAUAGGCGAAAUUACGUCAGGCAUGUCAACCAAGAUGAGUUUUACAAAACUCGAAAUCUGUUGCCUAUCACUACCGCUUAUGUUCUGGAUAGUGAAAGGUGGGAGUUUACCAUGGCCAGAUUUCGAGAGUGGAUGGUUGCCCAUAGUAAACGGACCAGAACACGUUGCCCGACUGAACAUUGACCAUGGUUUAGGUGAAAUUCCAGUUCUGGUUGAUGUCUCUGUAAAAAUCAAGGACGAUAUAUUCCCGGCGUCAGGAUUUCGACCUGAUCACCCGAAAGAAAGAUCUGGACCAGUUGUUUAUAUAUACGAUGACAUGUAUAUUAAUGUAUCAACGUCUCCGAUAAAAGAUCCGCUGUACAGAAUAUUUCCUGCAAUUCCAGUACCAUACCGCUUUGAUAGUUCCAACUUAGUAAUCAUGGGAGAUGCGCAUGUGCGGAUACGAGCUUGGAAACAAUCUUCACUUCCGGUAGAGAAUUUUAAGCAAUCAGGAAUAAGUUUGAAAGCGAAUACUUCAAAAGUUUCUGAUUCAUACGCCGAAGUAUAUCACAACCUUAAUGAAAUGCCUUGUCUUGUGGUUGUUCGUAUCAAAAUGAAGCGGGGUGAUGAUACAAUCUUGGCUGAUGGCGUACGUUCAAGUAUGCAGGUAUUUGCCGAUGAACCAGACAGAACAAAUGCGUAUCUUGUAUAUGGUUACAGCGAGGCAAAAUUCAGACUGUGGGUGGACUCUUCAAAGUUUGGUGCAAUAUUUGACGGCAGAAAACAUACAUGGUUUGAUAUGGUUAUAUCCGAGGGUGAAGCUGAGAUCUACGCAUGGAAAUGUUCAACUGUAACACCCCAAUACAACCAGCGUGUUGUAACAAGCAAUUCUAUGGACCAGUUACCGACGAAGUGGGGCACUGAUGUUGACUUUCAUCUGGAACCCUCACUAAUUCGUGUUUCAGUUCUAGCAGAAGAGCCAGGUGGCGCAAAUGAAGGUUUCCGGUUUCCUGGCGCAAUGCAUCUCGGGUAUCCUGCGCCAUCGGAAGCAGGAAACUCCAUAAAACACCCGACUGUGGGUGGCCUUUCAUAUAUCUACAACAUGAAGGACACUUUCCAUUUUUGGAAGCCAAGGUAUUUCGACAAUAAAUCAACAAUAUACAUUGCCGAGUCAUUUGGCGAUGGAACAAAUUCUGAAAGGUCUGACAGUGAAUCUGUGUACAUUCAGAGCUUCAUACACGAAGACUAGCUGAAAAAUGGCGCAGUUGAAAUACUCAACAGAAAAAUGGGACAGUGGCAGAGGACACGGAAACACAGAAUGACAUGAUUCAAGUU